AUGCUUGCACAAAAUAUUAUGACUCCUAAUUUAAGGAUACUUUGCAACCUGUCAGCCCGUUACAUCACCCGGCGCAACGUGAGCCUUUCCUCCGUCUGCCUGGACCACAAGUGGCGCCGCGACUCGCUACCGCGCAACCCCAACAAAUCGGGCCCGCUGACCGACCUGCCGGACUACACCUUCAUGGACGGUCCGUCAGCCGCUGGGUUCCAACAGAAGAAGCGCCUCCUCCAGCAGCGUGACCUUGCGGCUAAGAUCGUCACCAUGUCCAGCGAGAUGGACUUUGCGCUGGAUCGGUACAACCGGAUUCAGGACAAAGAGGCGCGCGACCGGCAAGCGCUUAUCGAUAGCAAGCUCAAGCCCAAGGGACACCGGCUGUUGGCCAAGUAGGACGGGGGUCGUUUGUAAAUAAUCUUCUCUUUAUUGUGUAGUUAAUAAAAGCGAUUUGAGGAAAUUAAA